AUGGUCGACGCGGGUGCCCACGCGCGUGACAGAACGCAAGCGACGACAACACGCCGACCAAUCGCGGCCUGUGUCACAUAUAUUAACUCUAGAAUUGUCACAGUUAUCCAUCGCCUCCGAGGAGGAUUACGGUCCCGAGGAUUAGGUCCGGUUCCUGAGCCAUUCGCGAUUUUUAUUGCUGGUAAUAUUUUUGAUCUAUCUAUCUAUCUAUCUAUCUAUCUAUCUAUCUAUCUAUCUCAGUCUAUUUCUAUCCAUCUAUCUAUCUAUGUCAGUCUAUUGAUAUCUAUCUAUCUAUCUAUCCACGUGCGCCACGCGCCGCAAGUUCCUUUCCUCUCAUUUGACCACUUAACCGAAUGCCACUUAUCUGUUAUUUCAAGUUUCGCAGUGCUUACCUCGGUCCAGUACCUCUCGUCUGUCUCAAGUGGAAUGUCAUUUGCAGCUCCUUGCUACAUUUUUUUUCUCUUCUUUUUCGCUUAUUUUUAA